CCCUUCCUUAUUAUCAUCCUUUAUUUUAAUUUCUUUGUAUCCUGACUAUGAUUACGUGUAUUUUGCCUUUUUCUAUGUUUUAAGUUUCCUUGCAAAACAUAAGCUCUAGUAUUUCUUGUUUACCAUGUUUAGUGCUUGUUUCCUUACCAUACUUCAGAUCUUUUACUCCUUGGCAAACAGAUUUUCAUAUGGAAAUCUCCAGUUUUAGGAAAAAAAUGAUUUCGCCCCUAACUGUCUGGUAUCUUUAAUUAAAUUCUUCAAUCACUCCUAAUUUGCCAUUCCCGAAUCCCCUUUGAUUAGAAGUAUAAUUUCUUUCCUUUCUUGUGAAGUAACUCAACCUUACUUUCUAUUAUAAAUACCAAUUCUCUUUUCAUUAUAAGGGAAAUUUUUCUAGACCCUCAUUUCUUGUUUCUCAUUGAAAGGUCAAUCUCUGCAUCUUAUGGUAUUAGUCGGAUAUUAUUUGAAAUGCUUGUUUCAAAUUAUGUGAAAAUAUGUCCAUUAUUUUUCUGGUACUGCAUGUGAAUGCUACAUGAACUUACUUGAAACCUUGCUUUAACUACUCUAUUAGAAAUACUACACGAUAUUUUCUACGGAAAACAUGACUAAAGGAUGGUUUAUAAUGUUUAUUUUAAAUAUUGUGGAAGAGUACUUAGAGGUCCAAUACCUGGAUUUGAAGUCAUGAUAUUAGGCAUUUCAAUUGUUAAAUAAGAAAUUUUAGUAUGUUAGGAUCAUGGCACCAGAGACAAAUUAUUUACUCUAUCAUACAUGAAUUUAAAUUCCUAGUUAGCAUUAAUAAUUGUAGAUGUUUAGUAGUUGGUGUGGGUAUAUUAUAUUCUUGUGGAUAUGAUACAAUUUGAAAUAUGUUUAAACUUUUGUUGGUAUAGGUCGGAUCUUAAUGUAUUUCUAAGCAAAUCCUUUUGGUAUUGUUAAAUCUUUUGCUUGUUAAUCUCUCUUUACUCUAUUGAUUUUUGUUUCACGGGACACGUGCAAUGGAGCCACGAAAAGUCUCGAUGUGAGACUCAGGGGUGUCCCGAAGGAGUUCAUCGCUUGUCUUUGAAUUUUAUUUUUUAUGUCAAGUUCGUGUUGUAUAAAGAGAUAUACUGAAACUUUACUUUUGGGGUGUUGGAAAAGGCCAGGCGGACUAAUUUUUUCAAUCCGCCUGGCCUAUUAUUGCUAAUGAUUUAUUUAAUGCUGUGAUUUCAUUCUUUCAAGGGGCCACCUUACCUAAAUUCUUCACUCAUACAUGUGUGGUUAUGCUUCCGAAAGUGGAAUUUCCCCAGGACUUUGCUGACAUUAGGCCUAUCAGCCUAUGCAAUGUCACUAGCAAAAUUAUUUCUAAAAUCUUGAAUGCUAGAAUGAGUAAACUGCUCCCUAAGAUCAUUAGCCAGAACCAAAGUGGCUUUGUUAAAGGAAGAGCCAUCACCGAGAGCAUUCUCCUUGCCCAGGAGAUUAUAAAUGAUAUUAGUAAACGUAUGAGAGGUCAGAAUGUGGUAAUCAAGCUUGAUAUGGCCAAGGCAUACGAUAGAGUCUCUUGGCCUUUUCUUUGCUUUAUGUUAAAGAUAUUGGGCUUUUUUGAUUAAUGGAGUGAUCUUAUUUACAGAUUCAUUUCUAACAACUGGUACUCUAUGAUUGUUAAUGGUAGAAGGCAUGGCUUUUUUAAGUCAUGAAGGGGUUUUAGACAGGGAGACCCCCCUCUCCCCAUCCCUUUUUAUUCUCACUGCUGAACUUUUAUCACAAAUGCUCAACGCUUUACAUCUUAAUAGGGGAUUCAAGGGCUUCUAUAUGAAGGAUCAAGGCCCUAAAAUUAACCAUCUUGCCUUUGCUGAUGACACUAUUAUCUUCACUAGUGGUCACAAAAAGUCUCUUAAACUUAUCCUUGGCACCUUGGAAGCUUAUGAGAAAGUUUCUGGGCAACUGAUCAAUAGAGAUAAAAGUUGUUUCACUAUGGCCCCUAAUACCACCCCAAGUACCAUUAGAAGGAUUGAAAGAAUCCUUGGUAUGAGAUAUGACAAGUUGCCUAUGAAAUACUUAGGAUGUCCUCUGUACACAGGGAGGAAACUUAUUGCUUAUUUUUCUGACAUGGUUAAUAAGAUUAUUAACAGGGUUAAGGGAUGGCACCUCAAAUUUCUCUCAUUUGGAGGAAGGGCAGUACUUAUCAGACAUGUUCUCAUGGCCCUGAACACUCACACUUUUGCUGCUACACACCCACCAAAAGCUGGUGCCUAAACAAUGGCUUUAACUUGAUCCUUGGAGAGACCGACUCACUUCUCCUUCAAAACUGCAUCACUAAUCAGUGGACCUCUCCGUGGAAGAUUGAAGAGACAGUGAAGAAGAUUAAGCAGCUGAUGAUCGAUAAUGGCGUUAUUACCAGACACUGCUUCAGAGAAGCCAACGAAGUUGCGGAUAAACUUGCAACUCAGGGUCAUAGAUCCAAUGAGAACUGUAUUUACACUACUUUGCUACUCUACCAAGGCAAAUCAAAGGCCUUCUAAAUGUUGAUAGAUGGGAUCUACCAUCCUUUCGAGUCAAGAAGAGAAAACUUGGUGUUAUCAACUUUUACCCACCUUGAAUGCUCAGCUUUACUAUCACUGUAAUUACUUUGCUUUCAUGUUCCAAAGUAUAGUUUGUUUUCGCCCAAGUCAAUUCAUGAAGGCCAGGCCUAGUCCUCCUUCAUCAAAUGUAAUUCUCUUAUGGUGGUAAUAAAAUCUUGACAAUUUAAAAAAAAAAAAAGAA